AUCAAUUUUUUAUUGCUAACUAGGCCCAUAUUUUGGCAAAGGCCUCUCUUUGGUUAUCCCAUAUAAUGGACUUAUUGCUAUCCUAGUCCAUAGAUGUAGAAACUCGUUAAUAUGAAACAUAUCAUAUAUCAUUAAAAAAAUUCUCUUUUUGCCGUACUUUGUUCAAACUUUAUGAUCAUUCUGUUAAUAUUUGAGCCCAGGUGCCUUCCUUCACCAUCACAACAUGGCCUGCCAACUUACAUUUGAGGAUUAAAUUCUCAUUCACAUCAUCUGCAGUCCCUGAUGUCAGAAUUUAUUGUUUUUGGUACUUCUUCCUAUUGGGAACUGCGUAGCUUAGGUCGAAGUUUUUCGUGUACCCAGACUUGUGGAAAGAAGUGCUUCUCACUUCAAAUACACACGCCCAUUCUGCUGUACUCUCGUAUCACUUUUCAUUAUGGCUUUGAGUUUCCAUCCUGCAUAGUGUCAUCUUAAAAUGAAAACAGGUUAUACAAAAUGUGUGGAGGUGGAAGGUUUUGAAACACACUUUGAUACGUGAAAUGUGUGUAUUCUUCAAUUAAUAUAACGACUUUUGGUUUUUCCCAAAAUUUCUAAUUUUAUUUUUAAAUGUUAGGGAGCAUAGCAUUUGUGAAGUGUAAUUUUAACUGAUACAAAAUAAAGCUUCGAUCGACUUCGCGACCCUCUUCAUAUUUCAAGUACUUAUUGUCUAUUUGUACUUUUGAUCGAUAUAAAUCUAUAGAAAGUAAAUCAUUCCUCUUUAUGUUAUACAUUCAUAUAAAAUCAAUAACAUUUACCUAAGUCUAUAUCGUAAUAUAUUUCGUAGUCAGGAGUGUACACAAUCAAUUUUUAAUUGAUUUUAACUGAUCCAGCUGUUUUUAGAGGUAAGCAGAAACAAAUUUGCAAAUGUGUUAUCCAUGUUUGGCUAUUCUUGCCGUGUAUUGAUAAUAUUUCGUCACUACUAUGAUUUAAAAAAGUACGUAGUAAAAAUUAUUAAACCAUUAAAUUGUAUUAAGAUUCAUCUGUAUUGGUUUUAUGUGUACACUAUUCCCGGCUGAUUCUUAAAAUGUGUUUUGUUUUAUUUGUUUCGUAAGUGUCUGAUUUUUAACAAUUGUAGAAAUGCCCAAUAUUAUAAUAGAAAUUUCAAAUGCUCCAUCACAGCGUACGUUCACCACAUCAUGCUUAUAAAUGUUUGCGAUUUCAUAUCUGGUUGCGUGUCUGGAGCGUCUGGAAUUCUAAUAGGGCACCCCGCCGACACUAUUAAAGUUCGACAGCAGACUGAUAGGAACAGUGUCGUGACCAUAAUUCUAAAUAUCUGGAAGCACGAAGGUCUCCGGGGAUAUUAUAAAGGCUGUUUUUUUCCGGUUAUGUCAAAUGGAGUCACCAAUGCUCUUUACUUCGGGUUUUACGCAAAUUCAUUGAGGUUGAUCACUGCCAACGACAAAAAAAGGCUUUGUUGUGAUUCCGAAUCUGUAGACCAAUGGCACCUGAAGAUGAUACUCGCUGGGGGAAUCGGUGGCAUGGCUUCUCUGCUCACAUCGUGUCCCGUCGAAUUGGUGAAAAUUCGUCUUCAGGUCGACAAACACAAAGACUCUAUAGGUUCAAAAAGAAUGGUGAAGUAUUUAUACGAAAAGCAAGGUAUAAGAGUCUUUUAUAAAGGAUGGGUGAUUAUGGCGAUGAGAGAUAUUCCAUCGUUCGCGGCUUACGCGGCGGUCUAUGAGCAUUCUGUCUGCGUACUUGAGUCACACAAGGUGACGGGCCAUCCAAAACUCCGAAAUGAGAUGAUAGCUGGAGGAAUUGCGGGUUUGGUCUCUUGGAUACCGAUCAUGCCAGUGGAUGUAGUUAAAUCCCGUAUUCAAUCCGAUAAUCUCGACCAUCCGAAGUAUAAGAAUAUUAGAGACUGUUUCGUCAAAACUUACCAGAAAGAAGGACUUUUAUUUUUCUACAAAGGCUCCAUCAUAACCGCUUUAAGAGCGUUCCCAGUUAAUGCCAUCACCUUCUCUGUUUAUUCUAAUAUGAAUAAACUUUGUGAAAGGGAAAUUAAUAUGUAUAAAAGUAAAUAAAAUACCACUACUUAUUUA